AAAAUAUUAUCAAAUUAAUAUUGAUAAAGAAAUGAGACUAAGGAAGACGACUCCUCAUCAAAAAGACAAGCACCACGAAGAGACAGAGAAAAGACGCACGAAAGUAUGAGAAAUUUUAUGCCUUCUUACAAAAAAAAAGUAUGAGAAAUUUUAAAAAUCUCUUUAAAAGCUAGUAAAUUUUAAAAAUACAGAACACGACUCCAUGGAAGAGUGCCGGUUCGAGACGAGCGAGUUACAGGCUUCGUUCAUGAUGUCGACUCCUCUAUGGUCCAACUCAUGGAUUUUAUGCAACGCCGCUGAUUCCGCAGGAAACAUUCAGAUCCAGCACGUCGCAGGAAUCAUGUACGUUGCUUUACCGAAUGUGGAGAUGAAUCAACCUGGGAAUCUUGUGGACUUGGAAGUUGUCGGAGAUGGUCUUUUCUCAGCCUUGUCCUCAUCGUUGCCCUCGGGUGAGCCUUCUCUUAUGGUCAACGGUGCAAUACGUGACCUUUUUGUUUCAUCGGGGCGCCUUAUUCAAUCACAGAUCACACAAGGAUUGGAAGUGGAAGAAACUAAACAAGUAGUAAUUACGGGACAUUCAACUGGUGGCGCGUUGGCCGCACUCACUGCACUUUGGCUUCUCUCACAACCUUCUCCCCCGCCAUUCCGCCUCCUCUGCAUCAGCUUCGGCUCUCCUUUGCUCGGAAACCUAUCUUUCUCUUCCUCAGUCUCCCGGUCACGUUUAGCCCACAAGUUCUGCCACGUGGUCUCCGUCCACGACCACGUUCCCAGAGGAAAUGAUGAUCGGUUCUGGCCCUUUGGAACCUAUCUCUUCUGCUCCGACAGUGGAGGUCUUUGCUUAGACAAUGCUGAUUCAGUUCGUGGGAUGUUUCGUAUACUCAACUCGACAGGAACUCCAAACAUCGAGGAACAUCAAAGGUACGGACAUUACGUGUCCACACUCUCUCACCUGUUUCUUAUAUCUAGAAGCUUUCGUGGUGGACGUAUCUCAGACAAUAGCUACGAAGCUGGUGUUGCAUUAGCUGUCGAGUCUCUAGGCUUUUCAAAUGAUCAACCAAGUGGUGUGUCGGUCAAAGAAUGCAUAGAAACCGCUACAACAAUUAGUCGUGCACCAAUUCUGAGAUCGAGUGAGUUAGCUAUUGAACUUGGUAAUGUCGUCCCAUACAGACUAGAGAUUCAGUGGUACAAAGACAGUUGUGAGGCGUCACCAAAGAAGCUCGGUUACUACGAUAACUUCAAAAACUUUUCAAAUCAAAGAGAGUUAAGGGUGAACAUGAGUCGCGCAAAGCUAGCUAAGUUUUGGGACGGCGUGUUUGAAAUGGUGGAGAUGAAUGAGUUACCUUUUGAUUUCCAUCUUGGGAAGAAAUGGGUAUACGCAUCGCAGUUUUAUCAACUUUUAGCCGAACCACUAGACAUUGCAUACUUCUACAAGUACACGUAUUCAAGGGCGACGGGUCAUUACAUGAAGAGUGGGAACAGACCCAAAAGGUAUGAAGUGAUUGAUAAGUGGUGGAAAGCAAGAGGAGAGCCUCAUAAAGAGAAGCGUGCGAGGACUCGAUACGCUAGCACUACGCAGGAUACUUGCUUUUGGGCUAAGCUUGAGGAAGCAAAAGAGUGUUUGGAUGAUCUGACCUGCGAGAGUAGUGAUGCACAGAAGCAAACUUUGUUAUGGAAAAAGAUUUAUGAGUUUGAGAGAUACUCCGCUACAUUGGUGAAGAUGAAGGAAGUUUCGAAAGAUGUAUUGGCGACAAACUCGAGUUACACUGUGUGGGUGGAGAAACUAAGAGAGUUCAACAAGUUAAAAGUGAGUAAUGGAGUUGUUGAUAAGAGUGACGCAAUGGAGACUUAGUAGGAUUAAUAGCAAAUCUAACAUGAUAUGCUAUAUAACAACCUUUAUCAAUUACUGUUCAUGUUUAUGUAAUAUUUUCUCAUCUAUGCUACUAUAUUAUAAGAC